AUGGCUAUUCGCUGCCAAAAGUACUAUGUUCCAACUCCAAACAGCCUAUGGCAUAUUGACUCUGGACAUAAAUUGAUUAGGUAUAAGUUGAUUACCCAUGUUUGCAUUGAUGGGAAGACCAGACUGCUGGUAUAUGUUCAUUGCUGUAACAACAACAAGGCUGACACUGUCCUUUCUUUGUUUGAAGAUGGUGUUCAAAGAAUGGGCCUUCCAUCAAGAGUUAGAAGUGAUUAUGGCAUGGAAAAGAUAUAUGUUGCACAGUACAUGUUAGAACACAGGGGAGAGGGAAGAGGAAGUAUUAUCACUGGUUCCUCUGUUCACAACAGCAGAGUUGAAAGAAGUCACCGCGACAUCUAUGCUGGUGUGCUGACUUUUUAUUCACAUAUAUUUCAGGCAAUGGAAGAUGAAGGCAUUUUAGAUGUAUUGAAUGAUAUUCACUUGUAUAGCCUCCAUCAUGUCUUUAUUCCUCGCAUAAAUAAGUCUUUGCAGGAAUUUGUUCAGCAAAUGAACAACCAUCCAGUGUCAAGUGAAAAAAACAAGUCACCACUUCAAAUGUGGCAGGAAGGGAUGCUUGAAAAUAUACAUUCUCUUCAUACUGCAUUGAAUCCAUCUGAGAUUGAUGACUUUGGAGUUGACCCAGAGGGAUUACUCUCAGUGGAAGAAGACUACCAGGUUAAUAUAGAGCCUCCAUCAAUUAGUCUAUCUAAACAGCAAAUUGAGCAACUUCCCAAUCCAUUGCAAGUAGAUGAUUACUGUGGUAGUGGUUCUUUUUACAAUGUGUUGAAACAGUCAAUAGAUUUCACCCUUACCAAACCAGGUGAUAUGGGCCAUAUAUGGUCCAAGUAUGGAAAUGGUAUGACAUAA